GGUUGUUUUAGGGAACGGGUUGUGUUGAUGAACCACUUCUCACAGCGCCAUAGCCUCAAACAGUCACAGUCUGGAACAUGAUGACUCCUCCCCUACUCUUCCUCGCCUUCCUCCUCCUCUCCUGUCUGCCAGGUAAGAACUGAACUCAGGUUUGGUUUCUCCUGAGACACAGAUUAACUCCUGCUCCUCCUCCUGGAUUAACAACAUGCCCCCAUGGAGAAUCUCUAAUGACAGUGUUAUGUAGUCCUGGAGAAAGCUUAAUUUUUUUUACGCUGUAAAAGUCACAUUUGCUCCUCAGGAUAUAAUGUAUAUAGUAUAUAGUGAAGUAAAGGGUAGCUAGUUAUUGAACAAACUAAUUUAAAUGGCUGAGAAACUCAUGUUUUGUAUUGUUGAAUAUGGAAAUCCAUCCAAAAACAUUCCUUUUAUUUCUACUUGUGUAAUAACACAUUGUUAGAGCAUUUUGAUGGUAUGAUCAGUAAAGUGCUGAAGAGAAAACCAUAUGGUUUAGAUUUUCUGUGUUUUCUUGCACAAUCUUGUAUUUUUCUCGCUUUCAAACAUUUCACUGGGACAAGAAAUUGUGUCCAAGUUCAUGGCGUUCUCCGACAGCCAGUGGAAGCAGAAAGCAACAUUCUCCUGUCUCCUUCCUAAAUCCCAGACUGUUACGCCUUAAAUCCCAGACGGUGUUAUGCCCUAUAUCCCAGACGUUAUUACGCCCUCAAGCAAGUGUGACCUUCUUGGUUUGAACCUGGCUCGUCUGCACACCACAAGACUGUGCUAACCCGUAGAGCUAAACUCUAGGAAAUCAUCUCAGGGAGCUAACGGAAUUUUCAAGUCUCAGGCAAGGGAGGAGGAGAGUAGGGAGGCGGAGAAGAGCGGAGCUGCCAACUCUCACGCAUUGACCGUGAGACACGCAUUUGACCCUCUUCUCACGCUCUCACGGCACACCUCUUAUAUCUCACGCAUUGAAAAGUAAUGUUUUUAUUUUUCUAAUUAGACCAUUGUAUAGUCAGCGCGUGAACCUUUCAACUGUGCUCCAGAUCGUUUUGAAAUCGGAGUAUCUGCGCCUCCAAUUUAACAUCACAAGCAGAAGCUCUAUCGUUGUCCUGUUUUGCCACGGCACUGUGAACCACGGCAUAUUGAAGCGAGUGGAUUGGAUGCAUUAUAUUAUUAUAUUAUUAAUAUUAUGUAUUAAAGAAACAACAUUAGAGUGGAGCUGAAUGGAGAGAGAGAACGCUCUCUGCCGAGUGUAUAAAACUGUUCAAAGAGCUGCACGGUAGCGCUGUUUUAUGUACGAUGUCAACAAAAUUAAAGUUGCUGUUACUCCCGUCCUUAUUGCAGAAUGUAGCCUUUUGGCAGCAUAUACUAAAGUCGAUUUAAUCCAUCCUUGUAUUCGUCCCCUCGUUUGGUUAUUGGCAUUUAGGCAUGUGACAACGAGAAGGCAGCAGACAGACCUACAGGAUGUUUUAGCAGGGACGUUUGGUUAGGGUGGCCUGCUUUGUAACUAUGAAAAUCAUUUUGACAAAUAGAAAGUGAAAGUUUGAUUCUAGAGAGUGGACAAUACAUAGAACAGUUAUUUGGUUAAGGUGUAGGGGCAGAUGUAUGUCAUCUUGUCUUCGAGAGAUUGUACUACCUAUUUACUUUAUUUAGACUGAUCAGUGGAACAAUUCUCAUUCUUAACAAUGGGCUAAAAUAUUGGGUAAUUAGUGUGCUUGUCAGCAAGAACACUACUGUUAUUCACCAACACUUAUUGUAUUAUUCCACUUCUUCCCAAUGUUGCCAGUGUAAUCACAUAUUUGAAAUCUGAUAUGCCUACUCUUGUCUUUGAAAAUGUACUAUAUUAUACAACUCAUAAACGCAUCAUAUUUUGUCUAUGUAGAGGAGAUACUCAUUAACUGUGAGUCGCUCUGGAUAAGAGCGUCUGCUAAAUGACGUAAAUGUAAAUGUAAAAUGAUGACAAAGAUAUUAAACUAGUAGGAAUAAACCACCUGAAUGUUGAUAUUCAUCAGAUCUUUGAGAAAUUAAUUGUUAUAACAAGAACAUUUUUAAACACCCAACACUUGGGAAACAUAGAUUAGGGGUGGCCAACCCUCCUGGAGAGCAUGCAGGAUUUUUUGUUCCAGACCUAUUUUAAAGAGAUAGUUCACCCAAAUUACAAAAUACAAAAUGUUUGUGUCCUUACCUUGAAAGCAGUCUAUGGACAAGGAGACCGCAAUCUAUGAUUUGGUUUCCCACUGCCAUCAACCAUUAAUAUAGACAAUUCCUGGGCAGAGUCUUGGUGUAGUGGUAACACUCCCCAGCAUGUGUCACAUACAACUUUCCACCUGAGAACAGGGAUCAGUCCCUGCUUCCAACCUUCCCACUGUUUCUAGCGUUUGCCUGUCUCCCUAUCUCAUUACUGUCUGAAUAAAGUCUCAAACCACCUAAAAAAUAUGUUUACAAAAAUAUUAGCAUACUUAAAAUGUCAUCCCCCCAAAAUAUUAAAGUAACAAAGUUGUCGAAUUUUAAAUGUUCAUUUAAUGAACCCUGAUUACACCUGACCUGUGGUUGAAACGUUUUAAUUUUCCACCCUGGUCAUAAGCCACCAUGUCAAUAUACAGUUGAAGUCGGACGUUUACAUACACCUUAGCCAAAUACAACUCAGUUUUUCACAAUUCCUGACAUUUAAUCCUUGUAAAAAUUCCCUGACUUAGGUCAGUUAGGAUCACCACUUUAUUUUAAGAAUGUGAAAUGUCAGAAUAAUAGUAGAGAGUGAUUUCUUUCAGCUUUUAUUUCUUUCAUCACAUUCCCAGUGGGUCAGAAGUUUACAUACACUCAAUUAGUAUUUGGUAGCAUUGGCUUUAAAUUGUUUAACUUGUGUCAAACGUUUCGGGUAGCCUUCCACAAGCUUCCCACAAUAAGAUGGGUGAAUUUUGGCCCAUUCCUCCUGACAGAGCUGGUGUAACUGAGUCAGGUUUGUAGGCCUCCUUGCUCGCACACGCUUUUUCAGUUCUGCCCACAAAUUUCCUAUAGGAUUGAGGUUAAGGCUUUGUGAUGGCCACUCCAAUACCUUGACUUUGUUGUCCUUAAGCCAUUUUGCCACAACUUUGGAAGUAUGCUUAGGGUCAUUGUCCAUUUGGAAGACCCAUUUGUGACCAAGCCUUAACUUCCUGACUGAUGUCUUGAGAUUUAAGAGCGUUGUGCCAGUAACCGAAAGGUCGCUGGUUCUAAUCCCCGAGCCGACUAGGUGAAAGAUCUGUCGAUGUGCCCUUGAGCAAGGCACUUAACCCUAAUUGCUCAUGUAAGUCGCUCUGGAUAAGAGCGUCUGCUAAAUGACAAAAAAAUAAAUAAAAAAAUAAAUUGAGAUGUUGCUUCAAUAUAUCCACAUAAUUUUCCUUCCUCAUGAUGCCAUCUAUUUUGUGAAGUGCACCAGUCCCUCCUGCAGCAAAGCACCCCCACAGCAUGAUGCUGCCACCCCCGUGCUUCACGGUUGGGAUGGUGUUCUUCAGCUUGCAAGCGCCCCCCUUUUCCUCCAAACAUAACGAUGGUCAUUAUGGCCAAACAGUUCUAUUUUUGUUUCAUCAGACCAGAGGACAUUUCUCCAAAAAGUACGAUCUUUGUCCCCAUGUGCAGUUGCAAACCGUAGUCUGGCUUUUUUAUGGCGGUUUUGGAGCAGUGGCUUCUUCCUUGCUGAGCGGCCUUUCAAGUUAUGUCGAUAUAGGACUUGUUUUACAGUGGAUAUAGUUACUUUAGUACCCAUUUCCUCCAGCAUCUUCACAAGGUCCUUGUUGUUCUGGCAUUGAUUUGCACUUCUCGCACCAAAGUACGUUCAUCUCUAGGAGACAGAACGCGUCUCCUUCCUGAGCGGUAUGACGGCUGCGUGGUCCCAUGGUGUUUAUACUUGCGUACUAUUGUUUGUACAGAUCAACGUGUUACCUUCAGGCAUUUGGAAAUUGCUCCCAAGGAUGAACCAAAUUUGUGGAGGUCUACAAAAAAAAAUCUGAGGUCUUGGCUGAUUUCUUUUUGUUUUCCCAUGAUGUCAAGCAAAGAGGCACUGAGUUUGAAGGUAGGCCUUGAAAUACAUCCACAGGUACACCUCCAAUUGACUCAAAUGAUGUCAAUUAGCCUAUCAGAAGUUUCUAAAGCCAUGACAUCAUUUUCUGGAAUUUUCCAAGCUGUUUAAAGGCACAGUCAACUUAGUGUAUGUAAACUUCUGACCCACUGGAAUUGUGAUACAGUGAAUUAUAAGUGAAAUAAUCUGUCUGUAAACAAUUGUUGGAAAAAUUACUUGUGUCAUUGUCAGAAAGGCGACAGUGAAAUGCGGUAGGCGAAGUCACACGCAGGACACGGAGCUACUGGAACUCGUACUUUAAUAAAAGUCGCCAGUGAAAAGAAACUGUCUCCAAACAACGGAGAAAACUAACAACCGGUACACUGUCGAUGACACAAAACAAUAACACACAACACACAAUGCACGACAGAGGGUUAAAUAGGGAAUACAAUACAACACAAUGGGGAACAGGUGUACACAAUCAGACACAACAAGUCAAACACCGAAACAUCGAUCGGUGGCAGCUAGUACUCCGGGGACGACGAACGCCGAAGCCUGCCCGAGCAGAGAGGAGGAGCAGCCUCGGCUGAAUCUGUGACAGUCAUGAACAAAGUAGAUGUCCUAACCGACUUGCCAAAACUAUAGUUUGUUAACAAGAAAUGUGUGGAGUGGUUGAAAAACUAGUUUUAAUGAAUCCGACCUAAGUGUAUGUAAACUUCUGACUUCAACUGUAUACCAAGAGUGUGCAAAGCUGUCAUCAAGGCAAAUGGUGGCUAUUUGAAGAAUCUCAAAUAUAAAAUAUAUUUUGAUUUGUUUAACACUUUCUUGGUUACUACAUGAUUCCAUAUGUGUUAUUUCAUAGUUUUGAUAUCUUCACUAUUAUUCUACAAUGUAAAAAAUAGUAAAAAUAAAGAAAAACCCUUGAAUGAGUAGGUGUGUCCAAACUUUUGACUGGUAGUGUACGUAGAAUUGCAGGAAAUUAGCUUUAACAUUUUCCCGUCUUAGUGUUGUGCCAGGGGGCAAAUCUCACUCCAAACUUUCUUAAAAAGUUGGCAGCCCUGGAAGAGGGAGUAGGGAGGGGAGAAGGGGAGGGAGUAGAGAGGGGGAACUGAGGGAUGUGAAAGUGACAGUAACUCUUUUCAAGGAAAACGAAACCAGAAGUGUGCCGUGGAAGGGGUGCUAUUCAGGGUCACUUUAAAAACAUUCUGUGCUUUUUUAUAGAUAGGAGUUCAGGGCUGCCGGUUACAUAUUAACAGUACCAGAGAGGAACCAUUACUUUUAAUAACAUACACAUUGACAGGCAUCGGUUAGGGCUUAAUGACCUCUCUGCCUGUAGUGUCUUUAUGUAGGGUGACAUGGCAGUUGUAGAGGGGUUAGGGGUCAGGGGUUGACGUUAAAGUGAAUGACCUCUGCCCCCUCCUUGCCUGUAGGUUCUUUCUGUAGGGUGACCACCGUUGGUGAUCUAGCGGUCCUGGAGGUGUUAGGGGUCAUGGGUUAAUGACCUCCUUAUCUUCCUGCCUGUAGGUUCUCUAUGUAGGUUGACCACCAUGGGUGAUCUAGUGGUUCUGGAGGGGUCAGGGGUUAAUAUUAGGGUGAAUGACCUCUCUGCUCGCUGCCUGCAGGCUCUCUCUGUAGGGUGACCACUGUGGGUGACCUGUCGAUCCUGGAAGGUCGGUCGGUGAUGAUCCCGUGCCACUACGAGCCACAGUACACCAGUUAUGUGAAGUACUGGUGCCGAGGCAGGGUAAAGGACCUCUGUACCAGUCUGGCUCGCAGCGAUGCCCCACGGGGGCCAGCUGCACCUGGAGAAGACAAGGUGGCCAUUUUUGAUGACCCGGUACAGCAGGUGGGAGGAUCCGAUGGUUACUAUUAGGAUAGAUACUUUAUUGUACAUUUAGUAGAAUUAGAUUUUCAGUAUGUUGUUAUCUGCUGCUGACACUGGAAGUCUCCAGUCAUAAUCAAAGUGAUAAUAGAAGUGUAUUUUUCAUGUUUUUACAUGAAUGAAGAUGAUGGUGAUGAUGACUACGACAAUGAUGAUGAUGCUGUGUUAUAUUUUAUACCCAGGUGUUCACAGUAACAAUGACAGACCUGCAGGAGGAGGAGACUGGAUGGUACUGGUGUGGUGUGGAGGUGGGAGGAGUCUGGAGUGCUGAUGUCACAGCCUCCCUUCACAUCAACGUUAUCCAUGGUGAGUGGACACAAGUCCUCUCUUCUCCCUGAAGUGUGUACUCAUUUGUGCACUUGUUCACACACCGAGUCACCGUCCCACUCCCCAUUGUAACGCCUUCUCCCUUAAGUGUGCACUCAUUGGCUGUGUUCUGAUUCUCUAAACUUCUCCAGAAGUCUGCUCUUAUUCACGCCCCCUUUAUGCAUUUAAAAGCAUCAGAUUGGUGCAAGCAUGGCUGGAGGGAGUUUUCACCAUAUUCCAUCAUCACAGUAGUCCAUUCCUUAUUAAUCUAUGAGGGGGAGUGAACGAAUGCACACUUCGCCAGAAGGGUAGAGAAUUGGAAUGUAGCCAUUCACUCUGGUUGUUGCUAUAGUAUGCUGCGGUAGUUAGUUGGUAUGUCAACACUACAUGUUCAUACGUGGUGCUGCACAGGUAUGUCUGUGGUGAACAGCGUGCUGAGCGGAGAGGAAGGGACCAGCGUCACUGCCCAGUGUCUCUACAGCCAGGGAUACAGGUACGACUGGAGAUCACCUCUAUAGCAGGGCCGGAGAGCUACUGUCCUGUAGGUUUCACUCCAACCCUCGUCUAGUGCACUUGAUUCAAAUAUUUAUACGCUGAAUCAGGUUAGUUACAACUGGGGUUGGAGUGAAAACUGACAGGAAGGUAGCUCUCCAGGAACAGGGUUGGAGAGCCCUGCUCUGUAGAGUACAUAACCAUAUCAAAUCAAAGUUUAUUCGUCGUGCACACAGUUUAGCAGAUGUGAUAGCGGGUGCAAUGAAAUGCUUAUGUUACUAGCUCCUAACAAUGCCGUAAAAUGUCAAACAAGUACACAAAUAAUACAAUAAAACGUUUAAAUCUUGAAAUGUCAGAAUGAAUCCAAUUAACCCAAAUGCAAUCUAUACGUCUCUACACCGGAUGAAUUUACACAAGAUAUACUAAGAAUGAUAUGUACAGCAGUAGAUAUACUAAGAAUGAUAUGUACAGCUGUAGAUAUACUUAGAGAUAUACCCGAGUGGCGCAGUGGUCUAAGGCACUGCAUCGCUGUGCCACUAGAGAUCCUGGUUCGAAUCCAGGAUAUGUCGCAGCCGGCCGCGACCGGGAGACUCAUGGGUGGCGCACAAUUGGCCCAGGGUAGGGGAGGGAAUGGCCGGCAGGGAUGUAGCUCAGUUGAUAGAGCAUGGCGUUUGCAAACGCCAGGGUUGUGGGUUUGAUUCCCAAGGGGGGGCCAGUAUGAAAAAAAUAUGUAUUCACUAACUGUAAGUCGCUCUGGAUAAGAGCGUCUGCUAAAUUACUAAAAUGUAAAUGGUCCGAAUCCAGGCUCUGUCGUGACCGGGAGACCCAUGGGGCGGCGCACAAUUCGUCCAGGGUAGGGGAGGGAAUGGCCGGCAGGGAUGUAGCUCAGUUGGUAGAGCAUGGUGUUUGCAAGCAAAAAAUUGGAAGUUUUGGAAUGGCCUAGUCAAAGUCCAGACCUAAUCCCAAUUGAGAUGUUGUGGAAGGACUUGCAGUUCAUGCUUGAAAACCCACACGUCACUGAGUUAAAGCAGUUCUGCAUGGAAGAGUGGGCCAAAAUUCCUCCACAGCGACGUGAGAGACUGAUCAACAACUACAGGAAGCAUUUGGUUGGAGUCAUUGCAACUAAAGGUGGCACAACCAGUUAUUGAGUGUAAGGGUACAAUUACUUUUUCACACAGGGGAAUUGCCAGGGGGGGCCAGUAUGAAAAAUAAAAAUAAAAUCAUGUAUGCACUCAGUCGCUUUGGAUAAGAGCGUCUGCUAAAUGACUAAACAUUUUAAUUUCUUAAUUUUUAAUUUACAUUUUUAAUAUACUAAGAAUGAUAUAUACAGCAGUAGAUAUACUAAGAAUGAUAUGUACAGCAGUAUAUAUACUAAGAAUGAUAUGUACAGCAGUAGAUAUACUAAGAAUUAUAUGUACAGCAGUAGAUAUACUAAGAAUGAUAUGUACAGCAGUAGAUAUACAAAUAAGGAUAUGUACAGCAGUAGAUAUGCAAAGAAUGAUAUGUACAGCAGUAGAUAUACUAAGAAUGAUAUGUACAGCAGUAGAUAUACUAAGAAUGAUAUGUACAGCAGUAGAUAUAAUAAGAAUGAUAUGUACAGCAGUAGAUAUACUAAGAAUGAUAUGUUCCGGCAGUAGAUAUACUAAGAAUGAUAUAUACAGCAGUAGAUAUACUAAGAAUGAUAUGUACAGCAGUAUAUAUACUAAUGAUGAUAUGUACAGCAGUAUAUAUACUAAGAAUGAUAUGUACAGCAGUAGAUAUACAAAUAAUGAUAUGUACAGCAGUAGAUAUACUAAGAAUGAUAUGUACAGCAGUAGAUAUACUAAGGAUGAUAUGUACAGCAGUAGAUAUACUAAGAAUGAUAUGUACAGCAGUAUAUAUACUAAGAAUGAUAUGUACAGCAGUAUAUAUACUAAGAAUGAUAUGUACAGUAGUAGAUAUACUAAGAAUGAUAUGUACAGCAGUAGCUAUACUAAGAAUGAUAUGUACAGCAGUAGAUAUACUAUGAAUGAUAUGUACAGCAGUAGAUAUACUAAGAAUGACAUGUACAGCAGUAUAUAUACUAAGAAUGAUAUGUACAGCAGUAUAUAUACUAAGAAUGAUAUGUACAGCAGUAGAUAUACUAAGAAUGAUAUGUACAGCAGUAGAUAUACUAAGGAUGAUAUGUACAGUAGUAUAUAUACUAAGAAUGAUAUGUACAGCAGUAGAUAUACCAAGGAUUAUAUGUACAGCAGUAUAUAUACUAAGAAUGAUAUAUACAGCAGUAGAUAUACUAAGAAUGAUAUGUACAGCAGUAGAUAUACUAAGAAUGAUAUGUACAGCAGUAUAUAUACUAAUAAUUAUAUGUACAUCAGUAUAUAUACUAAUGAUGAUAUGUACAGCAGUAUAUAUACUAAGAAUGAUAUGUACAGCAGUAUAUAUACUAAGAAUGAUAUGUACAGCAGUAUAUAUACUAAGAAUAAUAUGUACAGCUGUAUAUAUACUAAGAAUGAUAUGUACAGCAGUAGAUAUACUAUGAAUGAUAUGUACAGCAGUAUAUAUACUAAGAAUGAUAUGUACAGCAGUAUAUAUACUAUGAAUGAUAUGUACAGCAGUAGAUAUACUAAGAAUUAUAUGUACAAUAGUGGAUAUACUAUGAAUGAUAUGUACAGCAGUAGAUAUACUAAGAAUGAUAUGUACAAUAGUGGAUAUACUAAGAAUGAUUUGUACAGCAGUAGAUAUAUUAGUGAGCCAUGUCAAGAAUCCAUAAGAUACAGUGCAUUGGGAAAGUAUUCAGACCUCUUGACUUUUUCCACAUUUUGUUAAGUUACAGCCGUAUUCUAAAAUGGAUAAAAAAUAUAUAUAUAUAUCCUCACCAAUCUAUAACAAUACCCCCAUAAUAACAAAACGAAAACAGGUUUUUGGAAAUGUUUGCAAAUUUAUUAAAAACAAAAAACAGAAAUACCUUAUUUACAUAAGUAUUCAGACCCUUUGCUAUGAGACUCGAAAUUGAGCUCAGGUGCAUCCUGUUUCCAUUGAUCAUCCUUGAGAUGUUUCUACAACUUGAUUGGAGUCCCCCUGUGGUAAAUUCAAUUGAUUGAACAUUAUUUGGAAAGGCACACACCUGGUAUAUAAGGUCCCACAGUUGACAGUGCAUGUCAGAGCAAAAACCAAGCCAUGAGGUCGAAGGAAUUGUUCGUAGAGCUCCAAGACAGGAUUGUGUCGAGGCACAGAUUUGGGGAAGGGUACCAAAAAAUGUCUGCACCAUUGAAGGUCCCCAAGAACACAGUGGCCUCCAUCAUUCUUAAAUGGAAGAAGUUUGGAACCAGCAAGACUCUUCCUAGAGCUGGCCGCCCGGCCAAACUGAGCAAUCGGGGGAGAAGGGCCUUGGUCAGUGAGGUGACCAAGAACCCGAUGGUCACUCUGACAGAGCUCCAGAGUUCCUCUGUGGAGAUGGGAGAACCUUCCAGAAGGACAACCAUCUCUGCAGCACUCCACCAAUCAGGCAUUUAUGGUAGAGUGGCCAGACGGAAGCCACUUCUCAGUAAAUGGCACAUGACAGCCCGCUUGGAGUUUGUCAAAAGGCAUCUAAAGACUCUCAGACCAUGAGAAACAAUAUUAUCUGGUCUGAUGAAACCAAGAUUGAACUCUUUGGCCUGAAUGCCAAGUGUCACGUCUGGAGGAAUCCUAGCACCAUCCCUACGGUGAAGCAUGGGGGUGGCAGCAUCAUGCUGUGGGGAUGUUUUUCAGGGGCAGGGACUGGGAGACUAGUCAGGAUCGAGGGAAAGAUGAACGGAGCAAAGAUCCUGCUCCAAACCUGCUCAUUAUGAGGUAUUAUGUGUAGCUUGAUGAGGGGGAAAAAAUAAUGUCCUGCAUUUUAGAAUAAGGCUGUAACGUAACAAAAUGUGGAAAAAGUCAAGGGGUCUGAAUACUUUCCGAAUGCACUGUAAAUAAAUUUGUGGUGUGUAUAAACAGUGCAACUAAAAUACAAUGUACAAGAGUAGAAAUAAUAGAAUCAGCUAUGUCGAGAAUACAGUAUUUAAAUACACAGUACAAAACCCCAUGGCAAAAUGGAUAGAAUUGCAGGAAUUUAGAGUCCGGAAUAUAAAUAUAUAUGUAUGUGAAUGGUGUGUAACCUGUCUGUAUAGAAUACCCUAGUAUUAGAUCUGAACUCCUGCUCCCAUGUGACUUGUGGCAGAGAGAGUAAACCUACAGUAGGCCUGUGAUUUUGUGCAGUUGCCAGUAGGAUUGUGGGUCUGUGUCUGUCUGUGUGUUGUCAGGCAGAGUGAGAAGCGCUGGUGUCGUAGUGGUGACUGGAGCUCCUGUCUGGUGACGGACGGUGAGGGGCGGUAUGAAGACCAGGCAGUAGAGAUCAGAGAUGACCUGACCAAGGCUUUCACUGUCACCCUGAAGGGACUGGCCCAGAGAGAUACAGGUAUGGAGAAUAUAACUCUAUGCUAAAUAACACACAAUGGUGCAGCGAUGUGAAUUUUGAUGAAGAAGACGAUGGUGAUUAUCUUUAAUUAUAUAUUAUAUUGUAAGUGUGUAUCUGCAGGCCGGUACUGGUGGAGGUUAUUAUUAUUGCUGUUAAUAAUAUUACGUUAAUAUUCUAAUGUUGUAUCUGCAGGCUGGUACUGGGGGUGGUUAUUAUUAUGAUGAUGAUUAUUAUCGUCAUGGUAAUAUUCUCAUGUGUCUGCAGGCUGGUACUGGGGGUGGUUAUUAUUAUGAUGAUGAUUAUUAUCGUCAUGGUAAUAUUCUCAUGUGUCUGCAGGCUGGUACUGGGGGUGGUUAUUAUUAUGAUGAUGAUUAUUAUCGUCAUGGUAAUAUUCUCAUGUAUCUGCAGGCUGGUACUGGGGGUGGUUAUUAUUAUGAUGAUGAUUAUUAUCGUCAUGGUAAUAUUCCCAUGUGUCUGCAGGCUGGUACUGGGGGUGGUUAUUAUUAUGAUGAUGAUUAUUAUCGUCAUGGUAAUAUUCCCAUGUGUCUGCAGGCUGGUACUGGGGGUGGUUAUUAUUAUGAUGAUGAUUAUUAUCGUCAUGGUAAUAUUCUCAUGUGUCUGCAGGCUGGUACUGGGGGUGGUUAUUAUUAUAAUGAUGAUUAUUAUCGUCAUGGUAAUAUUCCCAUGUGUCUGCAGGCUGGUACUGGUGUGCUGCAGGACAACAACAGGUGGCUGUUCACGUCCUCGUCACUCCUCCAGCCACAACAGGUACAGGAUGGUUAGAUAUGAUUGGCUGAAUCUAGGGGUUAGAACAGAAACGUGGCACCCAGAAGCAGGAUUAUGAAACGUGUUGUGUGUGUGUGUCCUGCACUGCCUGCUCCUAUAGUGAAGCCCCCACCAGAAGAAACCCCCCAGUCUGUUCCUGUGUCUCCGUCUGUCCCUCCUUUUCGCCGCCACAUCGCUGAGGGAGCAGACCACCACAGGUAACACUGCAGGCCAGGGAGGGAUAGGUAACCAUGGGUAGAAGUUACCACAGCUAUGGGUAACCCUGUGUGUGCGCGUUGCAGGCCAGGGAGGGAUAGGUAACCAUGGGUAGAAGUUACCACAGCUAUGGGUAACCCUGUGUGUGCGCGUUGCAGGCCAGGGAGGGAUAGGUAACCAUGGGUAGAAGUUACCACAGCUAUGGGUAACCCUGUGUGUGCGCGUUGCAGGCCAGGGAGGGAUAGGUAACCAUGGGUAGGAGUUACCACAGCUAUAGGUAACCCUGAGUUACCACAGCUAUAGGUAACCCUGAGUUACCACAGCUAUAGGUAACCCUGAGUUACCACAGCUAUAGGUAACCCUGAGUUACCACAGCUAUGGGUAACCCUGAGUUACCACAGCUAUAGGUAACCCUGAGUUACCACAGCUAUAGGUAACCCUGAGUUACCACAGCUAUAGGUAACCCUGAGUUACCACAGCUAUAGGUAACCCUGAGUUACCACAGCUAUAGGUAACCCUGAGUUACCACAGCUAUAGGUAACCCUGAGUUACCACAGCUAUAGGUAACCCUGAGUUACCACAGCUAUAGGUAACCCUGAGUUACCACAGCUAUAGGUAACCCUGAGUUACCACAGCUAUAGGUAACCCUGAGUUACCACAGCUAUGGGUAACCCUGUGUGUGCGCGUUGCAGGCCACUGUGGGAGUUUCCUCUGAUGGCGUGUGGCGUUCUGUUCAUCUUGAUGGUUCUGGUGCUGCUGCCAUGGAAGAUACUGGACCAAUACAGUAAGUACUACACUGGGUUUAGUAGUUUAUAAUACACAGAAGGUACGAAACACACAUUACAUUGGAUGUAUCUAGUGAACAAAAUGCAGGCCUUAUGCAUAACUAAUUCAUGGCAAUGUGUCCCGUUACAAGUUACAAUGACACUGUCUGCUGGUAGACAAUGGGAUAAGCAUAUUAUAUUGCUACUAAGUUGAACCUCACCAUAUCUUUCCAGACAAAACACACAGGACAAGACAGGCAGAGGAGCUGGAAGCCAGACUCAGUGUAAGUCCACUACAACUAUCAGCUGAUCCAGAGUCAGUGUAAGUCCACUACAACUAUCAGCUGAUCCAGAGUCAGUGUAAGUCCACUACAACUAUCAGCUGAUCCAGAGUCAGUGUAAGUCCACUACAGCUAUCAGCUGAUCCAGAGUCAGUGUAAGUCCACUACAACUAUCAGCUGAUCCAGAGUCAGUGUAAGUCCACUACAACUAUCAGCUGAUCCAGAGUCAGUGUAAGUCCACUACAACUAUCAGCUGAUCCAGAGUCAGUGUAAGUCCACUACAACUAUCAGCUGAUCCAGAGUCAGUGUAAGUCCACUACAACUAUCAGCUGAUCCAGAGUCAGUGUAAGUUCACUACAACUAUCAGCUGAUCCAGAGUCAGUGUACGUCCACUACAACUAUCAGCUGAUCCAGAGUCAGUGUACGCCCACUACAACUAUCAGCUGAUCAAAAACGCAUGGGGUGUAUUCAUUAUACCGAUUCUGUUGCAAAGCUUUUAGUCUGUUAUGAAAUGUUUUGCAACAGAAACCAUUUACUCCAAACAGAAAACGCAAACAAGUUCAUAUUGUACAAGGUCCCUCCCCGUUUCGUUUGCCUCCGUUUGGUUCUUAAACAGUAAACGGUUCCCGUAAUGAAUAGACCCUUGUUCCCCUUGUUUUAAACACCUGUGAUUUGACUGACCCCACCAGGACUCCCCAGGUGACAACUGGCAGAACACCUCUGUUGUCUUCCUCAACUCCGCCUCACAGAAGGUGCACGGUUUCUGACCACGCCCACCAUCCAGUCACCUCUGACCUCUAACCUCCACCCUCCAUUUCUGGCCAUCUUCCUUCAGGGCUGGACACCAUGUUGCUGCCUCUGAAUAUUCCAUCCAUCCUUCCUUUCAUAUAACAAUAUGUUCAGUACCAUUCUGUACUGUGCUGUAUGGUCCUGCCCUUUGGUACAGACCUGCUGAGUACCACUAAUGUUUAUGAUGUUAGUUAUGACUGAUUGUGAUGAAAGCCUGACAUGUUAAAUAAUGUUACGAUAACGUUUACUGAAAUCAGUGUCUAUAUAAAUCUACUGUAACUAUUUGUUUGUUCCAUUUUGUAUUGUAUAUAAAAAAAUUCUAUGAAAAAUGUAAGAAACAAUUACGGGAAAGGGACUAGUUAUGGUUCUCAGUGUACUGGAUGGACAAAUUGAUAUAGAAAGGGCCUUAUAAGACCCCACUUAUUUUUCCUUAGCGAUGCAGCGCUUUAAAUGUUGUACACAUGAAAUUGUGUCAUUCUGAACAUUAUAUUACAUUUUGUGCG